CCCUCAGUACAGGUUGGUAACGGGCAGGGAUCUACCCACCACUGGCUUGCAGAACCUGUCCUCUGGUCUCAGUCUCGCCUCCAACACAUGCGUCUUCUCAUAGUACACCUUUUCUAUACUCUUCAUGCCACCGAGACUAUUGAUAGCUCUGUCCACAUUGUCCACAAAGCCUGGGUACUGGAUGCACAUCAAUUUUCUCUGGCCUUCAGGCACAGAAGCCACUAUUAGACCACUGUCUCCUUCACCACCCUCCGCCAUCAGUAGUAUCCGGAGAGAAACCGGAAAUAUACGCGCGUAUGCGGAGUGCACGUGUUGAAGAAAGACUAUAUAGGAUGCGUACUACUUUCCCACUCAUCAUAGGGAGACUGUAUAUCACCAGACAAUGCGCUAAGCUGUCCGCAGCCAGUAUCUCGGGUGGUGUGCAUGUGGGAGCCAGCAAUGGGCGGCCUCCGCCGUCCGGUGAGCGAGGCAGGAGGGAGAGGAACUACCAGAGGAGCCAGGCGAGGAAGGAGAGGACCGGGGCAGCCAGAGACAAGGAGAUAGACGUCCAAUCCCUGCUGAAGAACAUGAGGGAGACUGGUAGUCAGUCUGCAGACACCUCAACCUCCCUCAAAGAUGUACUGGCUGGGAUAAAGUUCCACAUCCCUCCAAAUGAGGUGACUCGUAGGAAGUUGGGUCUGCCUCCCCGAAGUUCCCCUCACAGACCAGAGAAGGAGGUGGCACGACUGAAGGAGAGAGAGAGACUGCCAGAAGAACUCCAUCCACGCCCUCGGCUGGUCCUCGACUCGGGGUGUUCGGUGACCCUGGACCUGACACCCAACUACUACCACCUGCUCCUCCUAAUCUCGCCGAGGUGGUUUGGUUAUCUCGUGAGAUUUCACUUUUGCCAGAGGAGCAUGCAGAGCUGGGCUAGCAUGCAGAGCCUCAGACCAACCAACCAGUUCCAGCAGGACAUGACUGACGUGGCUUUCCCCAGGCAGUUCCCCAUCGACAAUGAGACUGCCAAGAAUGAGGAAGAGGGAGUAGGAUUUGAAGACCACGUUCUACUGAAUCACUUAUUGAAGGGGUUCCCAUCACGAGGUCCGGUGCGUCACUUCAUAGAGAUGGUGGUGACCGGACUCUCCAAGAACCCUCACUACUCAGCCAGGGAGAAGAGAGAGCACGUCCAGUGGUACAGAGACUACUUUGCCCAGUUCUCUGAUGAAGAGCUCCAGGCCCUUCCCUCCUCCACUGCUGGGCCUGGGGAAGACAAACAGCAGUAG